CGCUCAUCAGGUUGCAUGCAUUUUGCAGUUUUGCUACAUUUUGUUUUCAAACUUUUAGUAAGAACAGAAAAAUUCCAGUUAUGGGUAAUGUUAUUAAGAGACGUGCCAGAGAUUACGAUAAUUAUUCCACUCCAGAAAUUUGUGAAUUAACUUUUGAUGAGAUUGAUCUUAUUCAGAGAACUUGGAAGGUUCCAGCAAUUAAGCAACAUGAUACAGCCGAAAAGAUAUUUUAUACCUAUUUGGAAAAGUUUCCAGACAACCAACAGGUUUUUCAAGCUUUCAGAAAUACGCCAUUAUUGAUGCUUAAGGGGACGCCUGGAUUCAGAGCUCAUGCCUCACGGAUAUUCAACGUUUUCUCUAGUGUUAUUGAUGCUCUUGACAAAGACCCAGAGUUUAUUGCAAUUAAGAAAAUUGUUGCUGAUGUCGGUAGAUCUCACGCAAAACGACAAAUAAAGAAGCGCUCAUAUGUUGAACUAAGAAUCGUAAUAUUAGACUCGUUGACAGACAUGUGUAAACUUGAUGAUGACGGUAUUGUAGCAUGGAGUAAGCUACUCGAUAUCAUCUACCAUGUUUUAUUUGAGUGCAUUGAUGGCAACGACUAUCAGUUUUCCCAAUAGCUAUACAUUAACUCAUCAACAAUAUAAAUCGUUCAUCGUUUGCAAGACAUGCUGCAUUGGAAAUUAUAUGCUUUUGUUGCUUAAAAUUCGUAAAGCUUAACGAA